AUGACCAAUCUUGAAGGUACUCUGCUGGGCUUAACAACAGCCACCAACCAGGGUGUUUAGAAGAGGGUCAUCAUUACAUCAAUCUCUCUCCAGUCUUCACUCAUGGAUCAGCUCAACAUCACCAACUCCAACAUCACCGACUCCAACAUCAACAACAUCACCGACUCCAACAUCACCAACAUCACCGACUCCAACUUCAACAUCAUCUCAGGGAAUGUUGGCAACAUUGUGUCCAGUACACUGAUGGGGCUGUGCUGUCUAGUGGGCCUCCCUGCAAAUAUACUGGUUUUGGUGGUAAUUCUUCGGCAGCUAAAAAAAAAGGACAACUUUACCCUGAAACUGAUGCUGAAUCUGGCUUGUUCUGACAUCUUGUGUCUGUCCACCCUCCCUGCUUGGAUGUCCUCACUCCUGUCUGGUUGGCAUCUCGGCCGUGGACUCUGCAAGUUCUUCUCCUUCAUCGUCUAUUGCAGCCUGAAUGUCAAUAUCAUGACUUUGACUAUGAUGAGUGUGCAGCGUUACGUGUCAGUUCUCUACCCACAUCAAUGGGCUAAGCUGGGCAGAAGAGGUGAAUUGUCACUGUUAGUUUCACUGUGGGGACUUGCGUGCGUUCUUACUGGGCCUGCUGUUACAACAAGGAAUACAGUGAAAAAGGGCUCACAUCUAACAUGUCAAAGACACACCAAGUCAGACUGGGAAAGAGCGGCUGCUGUCAUUUUUGAGAAUUGUUUUGUUUUUGUUCUCAGUUCCAUUCUGGUCAGCUUUUAUUUCUGUCUUCACAAGAAAGUCAAUCAGACGACCCUCUUCAGCAGCAAAAGGUUGACAAAAUCGGUCUUCACAAUUACGGUUACCUUUGUCAUUCUCUGGUUUCCUUGUUUUAUUGUUAACAUUGUGGACAUUUUUGCUAUUUUGUUCAAGUAUUCCGACCCUGUUCUAUCUGCUAAACUGCAGACCUUCCUGGAACUGACAGGAGACUUCGCUAAAUCCCUCACUUUUGUUAACAGUUGUUUGGACCCCUUUAUAUAUGCUUUUGCCUUUCAGAGUAUUUGGCAAAAUCCAGAACAGUAACAGAGGGCAAACAAUGGUUUUCAGACCUGUUG